GGUGCUGUGAUUGGAUCUGGAAUCAGAGGAUCUCAGCUGAUUGGAGUUUUGGUGGCGGCUCUUUUUUCUGAAUGCAGCGUGGAGCUGGGAAAGUUUGGUGUCGUGUCAUACUCGGUGGAGUCUGAAGUCAAGGAUGAUGCUCAAGAAAGUCAGAUUCAAGGAUCUUCAUGUGUCGCAGGGAGCCGUGGACAGCUCAGAGGACAUGGACCGUCUGAACAGGAACAUGCCCGAGUGUGGACGGCAAACCCACCAGGUGCUGCAGAGCACCCCGCUGGACCUAAUUGAGACCGGGAAGGGGCUGAAGUUCCAGGCGGAGCGCCCCCACCUGGUCAGCUUGGGUAGUGGACGCCUGAGCACCGCCAUCACCCUGCUGCCCCUGCCUGAGGGCCGGACCACUCUGGGUCGUGGUCCUAUGGACAUCAACAUCCAGGGCCCGGGGGUGGCUGACCAGCACUGCUACAUAGAGAACAGGUCAGGGCUCAUCAUGCUGCACCCCUGUGGGAACCUCUGCGCCAUAGACGGUCUCCAGGUCAAGCAGCCCGUCCGCCUGUCGCAAGGCUGCAUGCUGUGUUUUGGCCAAUCAAACUUCUUCCGCUUCAACCACCCUGAAGAGGCCUUCAGGAUGAAGAGCAUGAUGCCACACGGAGGAAGCGUCUCCACCGGGGACUACAGAAUAUGUGCAGACACAGAGAGCUUGGUCAAUGGGAAUCACCAGUCCAGUCCCGCCAAGUCGCCCCGAGCUCCUGGAGAGAGAAUCCAGUCUGAGCACAGUGCAAUCGUCAGCUCCAUUGAGAAGGACCUCCAGGACAUCAUGGACUCCCUAGUCAUGGAUGACCCUCAGUCUUCUUCCUUGGAGGCCAAAAAGCCUCCUGGAGGCCAAUCGAUUCCUCACUCUCCUCUGUCACCCAUGGUUAAUGGAGGAGGCCGGUAUCUGCUGUCCCCUCCUACCAGCCCGGGGGCCAUGUCUGUGGGGUCCAGCUAUGAGAAUACAUCCCCUCCCUUUUCCCCCCUCUCCUCACCCUCAGCAGCCAGCAGUGGGAGCUUUACCAGCCCCUCUCCUAGUGGAGGACCCCAGGACCAGAGUUCUUCUCUGCCACCAGUGCCUGUACGCUCCUCUAGCUACAAUUUCACCUCCCAGCCUCCACCUUUACCCCAGCCACGGACCAUUUUGCCUAACUUCAGCAGCGGUGGUGCUGGUCAGAAGGUUCAGGAAAGCCCCAGGCUGCAGAGGAAGUUCCUGGCAGAAGCUCCUCCAAGCCCCAAGCCAAGCCGCAGGGGACUAGGCCAAGAUGGUUCUGAAAGCCCUCGACAGACGUCCCUACUGUCCUCCAGUGAAUCUCUUAAUAGUAGAACCAUGGUGCCAAGUAGCCCAAGACUCACUCCCAAAUUCCCUACUUCUUUGUCUCCAUCUCCCUCCAGUCCCAGGACCAAGUCAACCACAGUGCUCCAUGAAAGACCUUCCAGUCCCUUCAGAGAGCAGACCACUCUAGCUGAUCGCUCCCUCACCUCUAGCCCUUCCAGGCAGCUUUCCCAACCCAUCAGAGCCUUCCAGCCUCCUUUGGACCCCAUUGUGCAUGUCAUCCAAGGAUCGCCACUGCAGCAACAUCCACGUUCACUGCAGCCCCCUGAAAGCCCUCGCAUGGCCAGGAGGAACCUGGAGCUGAAUGGUGGGAGUGGAGCAAGCAGCACUAUGCGAGAGCUGCCUCCUCUUAGCCCCUCCAUGGCACGGAGAGGGGUCCCAGUACUCCCGGGAGCGCUACCAGGGACAAUCCCUACCUUGAAGACCCCAGAUAGUCCCUCAAGUCUUUGCAAGCUUGUCCCAGAGAGUCCAAGGCUCAGACGAAAGACUGGAUCUACAUCUGAGGAGCAGAUGUGCAGCAGGGGGAUCAGAGCCCGCACUCCGUCACCCACCUCUAUGAUGAUGGAGGGCAGUGGUAGUUGUGGGGGGGUACGGAAGGGGAGUGUUGGGAAUACCCUGUCUCCUGCUUACAGUCUGGGCUCCCUGCCUGGCUCGUCCCCUGCCGCCAGUCCCAGGACCCAUAGGAAGAUGUCUGCAGGGAGACCCCACCCUGGGAUGAGGGAGAGGAAGAACAGCAUCACUGAAAUCAGCGACAAUGAGGAUGAGCUGUUGGAGUACCACCGACGACAGAGAGAGGAGAGGCUUCGAGAGCAGGAAAUGGAGAGACUGGAGAGACAGAGGCUAGAGACCAUCCUGAACCUCUGUGCUGAGUACAACAAAGGAGAGAGCCCCGGUCUGGACCCUCUAGGCUCGGGGAGGACAGGUUUCCCAGGGGGGCCGGCUGAUGGCUCCGGGCAGAGAACGUCCGUGGAGAAUGUCCUCGGAGGGACAACGUCCUCAGCUGCGCUACGCCUGGCACAGAGGCUGAGGGAGAGCGACGAGGAGAAUCUGAAGGAGGAGUGUAGUAGUACAGAGAGCACUCAUCAGGAGGUGAGGGCAUCUCCUGCUGCCAGCACAGCAUCAGCACUGCACAAUGGAGACAGACAGCACGAGGACUCCUCCAGCUCCGGCAGCACCGGUCGUCUGGAGCUGGGCUACCUGGUGGAAGAGCGGGUUCGCGUUCUUGCUCGCAUCGAUGAGCUCAAAACCCGACUGACAGAGCUAGAGCAGCAACUCCAGGAGUCUAAACAAGAGGCUGAGAUGGAGCGUGCCUUGCUGCAGGGCGAGAGGCAGGCGGAGCACGACCAGAUAGAGGCUGAAACAGACAUCGUCACUCAGCUGCAGCGCAAACUGGAUGAGCUGGAGAGCGCCAUCCAGCGGGAGAAAGACAAGGAGAGGGCUAAUGUUGAGGCCGAGCGUCGGGCCCUGCAGAGCCUCCAGGAGGGCUACGCUGAGCUGAAGAACCAGCUUCAUAACUGUCCUGAGUCCCUGCGGGAACAGUUGCAGGAACAGCUCAAAAGGGACGGAGAGGCGCUGGAAGCAGGAACCAAAAAGUUUGAGGACCUGGAGUUUCAGCAGCUGGAGAGAGAGAGCAGCCUGGAGGAGGAGAGAGAAACCAUCAGCCAGCAGCUGCUCCAGGAAAGAGCGGAGUACCACAGCAGCGUGGCCAAGCGGAAGGAGAAGGUGUCUGCUCUAGAGAACCAGGCCAACCAGCUCAGCCUGCAGGCGUCUCAGGAGUGUGAGCGUUUGGCUAAAGACAGAGGCCUCACUCUGCAAAUGCUCCAAAAGGAGAAGGAGAGACUGUCAGCGCUGGAGAAGAGAUACCAUAACCUGACUGGAGGAAAGAGCUUCCCCAAGUCCUCCACUGCGAUGAGAGAGGAAAUGCUCCAAAUCCGUGAGGCUGACCUGUUGUCGGAGGAUGUCCACUCCUCCCAGCAUUCCCUCUGUCAAGCCUCUCCUCCCUACUUACAUCCCUCCCCUUCUUGUCAGUUGUACCCCAGCAGCCCUACGGAGGAGUAUAUGAAGCUGUCGGACGUUUAUAAGAUGUACGGCGGUGGCCGCCAUGGCAGCAGCAAGCCCGCCUCACACGGCCAAGCGUUUGCCAUAGAUGCUACAUUAGCUGGCGCCUGCGAGGACUAUGUGACGGUGGGCCAGUUAAAUCAGAUGUAUGGGAUGCCAAAGGUGGAGUCGUCCCCUACCUCCCCGCUUCGCCAGCCCCUGCAGUCUGGAGUGGUAGACCCCGCCUUCUCCUGCCUCCCCUCGCCUCACGGCUCCUCCCUGUCUCUCUCUGUGGAGUACCAGUCUGAGGGCAGCAGGCCUCACCUGCCCAAGCUAGAUUUAGAGCAGUGGUACCAGGAGCUGAUGGCUGACUCCGGCCAGCUAUGUCCUCCCUCUCUGCCAGUCAAGUCUCUCUCGGGCCGCAGGCCUGUGCUGCAGGUGUUCCGCUCCAAGCUGGACAGUGAUCCAGGCCUUUCUCUCUAUCAGCCCAAGUCUGGCUCCUCGUCGCCCCUGCAGCACGGGGCAGCGACGCUGGGACGCAACACCAGCUCCAAGCAGAGCCCCCUGCUGGUGGCCAACAGCACCGGCAGUCUGCCCAGGAACCUGGCUGCGACGCUGCAGGACAUAGAGACCAAGAGACAGCUCGCUCUGCAGCAGAAAGAGCCCCAGACCUCCAGACAGAACACCGUAGAGGAAAGCUCAGCAGGUCAGCAGGUGAUCGAGGAGCAGCGCCGUCGACUGGCCGAGCUCAAGCAGCGAGCGGCGGUGGAAGCUCAGUGCCAGUGGGAGGCGCUCCAUGGCUCUCAGACCCACCUCAUGUCCGCGUCCCCCUCGUCGUCCUCUUACUCCCCCGUCAUGACCUACAGCCCCACGCUGAGCCACAGCUCUGUGGGGCYCCCACCUCUGGUUCACCACUCCAUCCUGCACCACCAACCCCCGUCGGCCGGAGAGCAGCCCUACGACACCCUGAGCCUGGAGAGCUCGGACAGCAUGGACACCAGCAUAUCCACGGGAAACAACUCGGCCUGCUCGCCAGAUAACAUGUCCAGUGUCGGAGGAGUGGACACCCUGAAGAUAGAGGAGAUGGAGAAAAUGCUGAAGGAGGCGCAGCUGGAGAAAGCCAGACUUAUUGAAUCGAGGGAGCGAGAGGGCCUGGUCCGCCGUCAGAUGCUGGAGGAGGAGAGGAGGAGGAGGGAGGAGGCGGAGAAAAGGCUACAGGAUGAAACUUUCCAUCGGCAGCAGCUGGUGGAGAAAGAGGUCAAAAUGAGGGCCAAGAACUUCUCUCAGGCCCGUCCUAUGACGCGCUACCUGCCCAUCAGGAAGGAGGAGUUCGACCUGCGCUCUCACGUGGAGUCGUCGGGCCACAGCGUGGACACCUGCUACCACGUCAUCCUCACUGAGAAGAUGUGCAAGGGCUACCUGGUCAAGAUGGGCGGCAAGAUCAAGUCCUGGAAGAAACGCUGGUUCGUCUUUGACCGCCUCAAAAGGACUCUCUCCUACUACGUUGAUAAACAUGAGACCAAACUGAAGGGUGUGAUCUACUUCCAGGCAAUAGAAGAGGUCUAUUAUGAUCACCUCCGCAGCGCCACAAAGAGCCCCAACACCUCGCUGACCUUCUGCGUGAAGACCCACGACCGGCUCUACUACAUGGUGGCCCCCUCAGCGGAGGCCAUGAGGAUCUGGAUGGACGUUAUCGUCACAGGAGCCGAGGGAUACACACAGUUCAUGAACUGAGAGACACGCGACGCGGCGGUCAGAGUGCAGGUGACGAGCAAAUAGUUUCGGCAGGGACAGACUCUACAGGCCCACAGGAGACACAGCGCCUUGUUUGUUACUCAUUUUGAAUCUCACAGUUUGAUUUUACCAUGUAGAUGUUCACCUCAACAUUUUCUAUGUCGUUCUGUUUGGAUUUAAAAAGGGAGCCCUUGAAGGACACACACACACACACAAUUGUAUAUAAACCAAAAUGUAUACCUGUCAGAGAAUUUUCAAAAGCCUUUCUAUAUUGCCAAAUGGAGAUCUUGUAGUUACUGUUUGUUGAACCUUUUGUAUGAUUUGUUUCGUUUUACUCUUCUUUUUUUUUACUUUUUGAAAAAAUUGCCAAAUGACAUAAUGCCAAUGUUUUGUUUGUUCCAUCACGACAUUGCUGAGUUUAGACAGAAAAGAGUUUGAAAGGAUCGUCAUGGGUCGGAAGCGUUUUAAAAAUAUAUUUGAAAGAAUCGUAAUUCAAAAUGUUGUACAAAUCUAUAAAUUAUGAUAGAAACCAUUCAGUCAGCCGGAGACGAUCCACGAGUCCAGCGACGCAGUGAAGCACUGCUUCCUGCAGAUUAACACUAAAUCAAGUUCAGCUAUAAUGAAGGUAUAGAGAGCGUCACUCCCUUUUGUGUUAUUUCACAUACAACAAAGUAAUUGGAGCCAUUUUGUUAGACUUGGACCGACUACAGCUCAGGAGUUCAUGCUAUGGUUUUUCCCAAUAUGGAGUUUGAUAAAAGCCUGUGCCGAUUUUAGCAUUAAAGCAAAUGCAUUGCGCUCAUUUGUGUUCUAGAUGCACUAGACGAUUAGCUUAGCAUAUGAUAAAGACUGGCCCUAAAACAUUAGCUUGCCUUACUUGGAAAUAUUUGAAUAUUUGGACGGAGCCAGAUUAAGUUUUUCCACAUUUUCCAUUUUAAGCUGAGCUAAAGCGAAUCGGCAAUUUUCCAUAGCACCAUAUUUAACCUACACUCACACGAGAGUGUUAUUAAUAUCUUAUUCUAAAGAAAGAAAAUGAGCGUGUUAUCCAAAACCUGAAACUACUUCAACUGGAGAUUUUCCAUUGUUCUUAAAUUGAAAAUAAUUACAAUAUUUAACCAUGAAUUAAAAAAGUGGCGAAUCAUCACAAAGAGGAAUCAGCCGAGGUCGACUCCCAUAGAAAAACUGUAUAUUGGUGAAACCAUAGCCGCCACAUUCUUUGUGAACACGUUGAACAGGAGUUCCUCAUUGUGUCUGUAUGACGCCAUCAUGUCGCCACCUCCAGGUGCAAACGGCACGUCCACGUGUGCACACAAACAAACUAAUAGAAGCUUGACUGUUUUCCAAGUAGCCUUUCGCUAACUUGAUAAUGCGACCACACAGCCGGGAAGCUGCCAUUAUCACUGCCAGCCUAAAGCAACAACCCCUAGAGGGCGCUACAGAGACCACGCUCACACAGGACCGCACACGAUUAACAAUACGGACUGUUGCAAUUCAGAACUGUGCCUUGACUACGUGUUGUUACUGAUGUUGUGUCUGAGUCCAGCACAGCCUCACUGGGAGGCUGCGCUCAUUUAAAGGCAUUGAAAUGAGUUUCGGAGCUGUGAUGACGCGUGGACAGAUAUCAUGAGGUUAAUGUCUUUAUAAUGUGGACGUCUACCUGUAGCAUCAUUACAGGCGGAGUAUCAGAGGCCCUGAUCACACUGGGGAUCAACAUUCAUUUAAAAAAAACAACCUGAAUACACAAAAUGUGUUUUUAAAUGCCCCAGUCUAAGGAGGAGCCAGGAGUCGUCGUGAUAAAUCUGCCUUGUUAUCAACGUCAUCUCAACUUUAUCUCGGAGACGACACAUUUCUAAUCUGCUCCGAACUCGGUGGUUUGAAAGAUGUGGGCAUUCACCAGUCAAACAGGAUCUGAUGAAAGACGUGUAGUGUUUUGUUCUCUUCACCCAAACCAAAGACUGAAAGUCUGAAAUCUCCUGUUCCUGCAACUUAACCAGCUGGAAUGUGGAUUGUGGAAAAAGAACCAUACUCAGAAAAUAGAGAAUAUUAUUUCAAGUAAAAACUAGAUCUUUGGUUUCAAACUGAAUACCAGGCUUACUUACCUAAAAAAAAACCAAGUGAUCUACUUUAAUUUACUGCCGCAUUAUUAAAUACCACCAUCAAUAAAUCACUCUGACUCGAACCAAACUCUGAAAAACUUCACUUCCUGCUUUGAACCCCCACUGUGAGCGGAGGCCUGCGUGCACGAGGACAGAUAAAGAAACUUUGCAGCUUUAACAGACUGUAACUGUCGUGACGUUGUGAAUCCCGGACGCUGUUUUCUGCUGCGUCGAAGCAGAGGACAGACCUGACGCUGUGAUUAACGGAGCAUGUGGAACCUUUGUUGUGUUUCAUGUGUCGGUACAGUGAUGAUAAUUUAUGAUUGUGGUGCCUGAGGUAGUGACGUGUUUACUUCUACAACUUGAAGUAGAAGACAAGUGAAAAGACCUUAAUAUAUUAUGUCCCCCUUGCCUUUUUAACAUGUGCAAACCAAACUAUUCAACACUGGCAAGGCUGUUAAAUCAUGUCUGUUGAUGGUAGAUGGUAUAUACAUUACUGUUGUUAUAUAUGUCGAAAAGAAAGGAAUCUAAAUAUACUGUAGAAGAUGCCUGAAUCAUAAAAAAUGAUCUUACUAUUGAAAUGAAACAGUAUUGUAUGAAAACAAGUACAAUUUUUACUUAUUUUUGUCAUUUUAGAAAUUUUAUUGUCAGUCAGUUACAUUUUAAAAUUGUAUGGUAGUAAUGUAUCAAUCUACCUUUUUUUAUUACUGCUACAGCAGAACACAGAAUAACUCACCUAGCACUCAUGUGACUGUACUUUUGUUUUCUAGAAAGUAGUUCCUGUUGCAUACACACACAUACACACUACUCGGACCAUACUGUGUUCUUGGUACCCUGUAGGUCUCAUGCGUCACGUUCAGGUAUGAAUAAUAUGGAUUUUAUCAAAUCUAUUAAAAAAAACAAAGCUGUUA